AUGUUACAAGAUCCUAUUGACAGGUCACUCAAAGAAGCUUUAUUAGCAUAUGAAAAAAUUGAUGAAAAGCAUACUGGAGAAAACAUUCAAAAUGCUAUAGAACAAAUAAUUGGAAAAUUUCAGCUUAAACAAAAUUAUUUGUUGCUACCACUAAUAAUGAUCCUAAUGUAG